AUGCGUUCUUUCAGUUUCUUUUCUGCAAAGUCACUCAUUGCCAUUCUACUUUCCUUGAAUGUCUUGUUCGUACAAUAUGUCGAAUCCCUCGAUAGUACAGACACCAUUACGUGGGGUGGGUCAAAUGACAGAACCGGCUACCAGAACAACCACAAUAUGGAUCCAGCUGUGGUUGGAAGUGAUCAAUUCGGCCUCCUCUUCAAGACUCUGCUCCCCGGAACAUAUCCCAUUGGCGGACAGAACGUACCCGAGCAAAUAUUCUCUCAGCCGUUAGUCUAUACUGGCUCGGAUGGUGUUCAAUAUGUCUAUGUUGCAACCACUCAGAACAAUGUGUACAAAAUAGUUGCAAAUACUGGCGUUAUCGUUGCUUCUCGGAAUCUUGCUCGGCCAUUCUUGGUCAGCGAUCUGGACGGGUGCGUUGAUAUCAACCCCACAGUUGGUGUGACGGCAACAGGUGUCAUCGAUCCAGAUACGGAUACAUUGUAUUUGACAUCGAAGACGUACAUCGAUCAAAGCCUUACAGGACCGACUGGGCGCCCAAAUGGUCGCUACUAUAUUCACGCCAUUAGCACAGUUGACCUUUCUGAGCGGCCCAAUUUCCCAGUCAACCUUGAGGGCAUGGUAGCUCGAAACAAUCCCGUUCGGUCAUUCAAUGGGGGAAUUCAUCAUCAACGUCCUGGUCUGCUUCACACAGGUAACUUUGUGUACGCCGGUUUUGCUAGUCACUGUGUCCAGUAUAACUUCACCGGCUGGAUUGUAGGCUGGGACAAGACCACCGGACAGCUCGUGGAACAAUUCGCCACUGAAGGUGCUGGCGUUGGCCCUGACACCCCCGGAGCGGGAGUCUGGAUGUCUGGUGGUGGUAUUGCAAGCGACGACCAAGGUUCUCUGUUCUUUGCUUCCGGCAAUGGUUAUGCUUCGCAACUCAAUGGCAUACCGGUCAAUGGGAGAAAUCCACCGACAGCACUGGAAGAAGCUGCCGUGCACAUGGCAAUCAAUGACAAUGGCUCUUUGACCGUAGUCGACUUUUUCAUGCCCUGGGAAAAGGUACAACUUGAUGGUGCUGACAAAGAUCUCGGUACAUCUCCGUUGGAACUCCUCCCGAGUCAGUUCUCCUGUGGUGACGUCGAACGCAUCGGCGUCGUUACCGGAAAGAGCGGAAAGACCUAUUGGCUGAAUCUCGACAAUCUCGGAGGAUAUCAAAAUGGGCCAAACAAGCUGGACGACGUGCUCCAAGUCUACCAGAACGAAAACUCCGUCUAUGCUGGAGCUGGUGUCUACCCGCUUGAAGGUGGCUACAUCUACAUCAACGUCAUCCAAUACCAGACUCACGUGUUCAAAUUCUCCUGCAAUGAUGGCGUGCCAUAUUUCAACAAGGUCGCUGAUUCUCCGGAAAAGAACGCCUACAUCCUCGGUGUCGGCCACGGCACUGUCACUUCACUCAAUGACCAGCCUGGGACCGGCCUGGUGUGGACGUCGGAUGUCGAAGGGUCGAAUCUUCGAAUCUACAACGCCAUCCCCGACGAGAAUGGGCUCAUGACGGAGAUCAAUUCAUUUGUCACACCAGGGACUACCAAGUUCACCAGACCUGUCUUUGGAAAUGGCAUUGUCUAUCAGGGCACUACCGUCGGCUAUCUGUAUGCUUACGGAGCGCCUGUCAAUUUGCCCCUAAACUGUACAGCUCUUCAAUUUGGGACGGCUAAUCUCAACACAACCACAGCACCAAUGACUGUACAAUGUACAGCCAACACCGCGGUAACAGUCACCGCUGCAAGCCUUUCAGGAAAUCCAAACUUCGCUCUUGGCGGGUUGUCCAGUUUCCCUCUGACAGUCGCCCAAGGACAACAGUUUUCAUUUCAGGCAACCUUCACCCCACAGACCGUUGGCCCGCUAUCUUCAUCAGUGAUCUUGAAUACCACUCAGCAAGCCGCCGGCUUCAGCAUCAAUACUCCCGUCCAAUUGAAAGGGACUGGCCAGAGCCAGGCUGCUCUGCUGAUGGUCACUCCAAACACCGUCAGCUGGAACGGUGUCAUUACUGGACAGGAGGUAGGGGGAGUCAACCAAUCUGUGGUCAUCAGCAAUCUUGGAAACAGUCCUCUGUCGAUCAACAAUAUUAACUACUCCAUUGUGGGCGAGACUGGACCUUGGAUCUCGCCUAAUGGCACGCAAGCAGCAACUGUGGUCUCGGCUUUCACAUUCUACGAUAUGCCGUCGUCAAUCCCUCCCAAUAGCGCUGUCACUGUCCCGAUCAAUUUCGACCCUCCGUACUCCGGCAACUACGCUGUGUUCGUUCAGUUUGUAUCUAACGGUGGAACCCAAGUCAUUGAUGUCCUUGCAGCCGGAUCAGAUGAGCCGAGGGCUGUCCUCGAGUUCCAGAGCCUGGACGGUGGAUGGGUCCCAUACGACAAUACUACCGCCUUUAGCUUUGGCAACGUCACGGAGAACACCAGCACGUAUCUGAAGAUGCGUUUGACCAACAAUGGCUCUGCCAACGCCGCGGCAUUGUCAGUGACCGUCAGCAAGCCUCCCUUCGGUAUUGCCGGAAGUAUCAUCGGCGCCAAUAACCAAGUCGACCUUGCAGAGGGCACCCUGGUGUACGCGGGACAAAAUCUCACCGCAACGCUCUAUUGCUCCGUCCCCAAGAGUCAAAUCGAUGUCGACCCAUACAAUGGCACUGCGCAAUGGACCAUGAAUCUGAACGAUCCGAAUUUUGGAAAGCAGUAUAUCCAAUUCUUCUGCAAUGCUGUCUCGGAGCAAGCACCUCCCUUGGACCCGGUCACCCAGCAAGGCAUCUACAGAUAUGGAGGCUGCUAUAUGGAGAACAAUCCAGGUCGACAACUUCAAACUAACAUCUACAGUGGAGCCAACAACACUAAUGAACAGUGCAUCUCGUUGUGCUCAGCAGCUGGGUACAUCUUCGCUGGCACACAAUACACGCAGGAGUGCUGGUGUGGUUACAACCGACCGAAGACAGUGGUAGACGACGCCAAUUGCAAUUUUGGGUGCACCGGCAACGUCAAUGAGAUCUGUGGUGGCAACGGCAUCGACGGAGCCGAGUCAUAUAUCUCCCUCUUCGGCGACAUCACGCGUUGGAACGGUAAUUCUACAGACGCUCCGGGGCCCUACGUCAAUCCCGGCACGUUAGGAUACAACAGCCUGGGCUGCUACACCGAAGGUUCCAACUCCCGAGCCCUGAGUGUGCAGCCCAAUUCCAACAACACUGUCGUCUCUUGUCUCCAAGCUUGUCAGGGCUAUUUGUACGCGGGUGUCGAAUACGGUGGGCAGUGCUUCUGUGGGAAUACAUUGGCGGCAGGCUCCGUGAAUGCCAGUGCAUCCGACUGCAGCAUGACCUGCAACAACAACCAGACGGAAUACUGUGGAGGUCCGAACCGUCUCAACAUGUACAUCUACGGCAACGGCACCCUUCCGAGCACGUCACCUUCAAACGGUGGAGGAAACAACAAUCCCACUACGCCGUCAGGUCCAACAAUUCCGCCCACAGUCGGCAAUUUCACCUACCAGUCUUGUUACACCGACAUCCCCGGACGCGCCCUCACCGCUUUCGCGCUGGCCGACAACAGCAUUACAUUGCAGACAUGCGCCAGCAAUUGUACACAGUAUCAGUAUUUCGGUGUCGAGUACGGUCGGGAAUGCUAUUGCGGAAAUACCUUGGGCUCAGGGAGCGUACCGGCGACUGACGGACGUUGCAACAUGGCAUGUUCAGGCAACUCCAGCUUCAUGUGUGGAGGACCCAAUGGGUUGACUCUGUAUCAAAUUCUGAACUGGACCGCUUCAGCUCCUGCACCGCCAUCCACGCCGACGGGCCCAAUUAUUGUCCCCAACGUCGGCAAUUUUCAAUAUGUCGACUGCCACACGGAGAUCACGGGUCGUGCUUUGACGGGCAAGGCAGUCGCAUCGAGCGACAUGACGGUGCAGAACUGUGCCGGAAACUGUACCGGCUUCACGUACUUCGCCGUGGAGUACAGCCAGGAGUGUUACUGUGGGAAUGCCCUGGGCUCUGGCUCCGUGACAGCUACGGAUGGACGAUGCUCCAUGACUUGUGGUGGCAAUUCAUCGACCAUUUGUGGCGGGCCCAAUGGAUUGAGCCUUUACCAGUGGAUUGUGCCUUCAAGUUCCAGCUCAACCUCGAGCACGACGAGCACUACCACGCUGAGCACCUCGACUGGGGCAUCUUCAACUUUGGUGACGUCGGCAAGUGCAUCAGCGUCUUCCACCUCUUCGGUCCUGUUUACGACAUUGUUCUUUAGCAACACUUCGGUCUCGAGUUUGAGUCAAUCCUCUACGACCAAUAUAUUCAACACCACUCUCUCGACACAGAUAGUGAGCUCCUCAAUCACUCCAGGAGUCACUUCCACCACGUCAACAAUCUCGAGCACAGCUCCGUCGUCGACCACGCUCGGCUCUGCAAUUGCUGCGACCUCCGCGUCCAGUGCGCCAAGUUCAAGCUCGAGCACUUCUUCAACCUCGAUCCCAAACAGUAGUACUUACUCUGCAGUGCCGACAACGUCGACUCCAUCUGUCGCUGCCACAUCCUCAAGCUCGUCGCCAAGCACAACCACCACUUCAGGUUCCAACUCUGGGUCAUUUUCAUUCUCAGCGAGCACGGCAGCCAGCAUUUCCGGCACGACAGCCGCAUCCACAACCACUGCUGCUGCGUCGGCCGUGACGACUUCGGCAGGUUUGGCAGCUCCCUCAUCAUCAGCUUCGCCUUCAACCACUUCAGUCACGUCAUCAAGAACAAGCUCUAGCACUUCGUCCUCGCCGGGUCCGAGCACCAGCACCAGCACGUCCAGGUCUGGGUUGUCGUCAAGCAGUGCUGGCUUCACUACUAGCUUCCUACCUGUUCCUUCGGCGACCAGCAGCGCUACAGUCCUUUCAAGCUCGACUUUCGCAGCCACGAGUCAAACUGGGGUUUCCACUCUGACAACAAUCUCAACCCGUCUGACCACUUUCUCCACCUUAUCCACCCUGAGCACGGGGACAUCUUCUUUGACCACCACCACGUCUUCGAUCCCCCCGAACCCCUUCUUCCCCGCGAUCUAUGUCGGCUGCGCCGCGGAGCUCCCCAACGGACGUCUCCUCUCGGUCGCUUCCACGACAAGCUCCACAAUGACGAUAUCCUCGUGCAUUUCAUUCUGCUCGGCGCAAAACCUGCCCAUCGCCGGCGUCGAGUACUCACGGGAAUGCUACUGCGGGUACAAUCUGUCGCCCUCGACAGCCGUCAACGCCACGGGAUGUAGCAUGGCGUGCGCGGGCAAUGCGCAGCAGAUGUGCGGCGGGUCCAGUCGCCUGAGCAUCUACAACAACACCGCGCUGUCCCCUCCGGGAGCCAAGGCGAGCAUCGGGAACUAUACCUACCAGGGCUGUUUCACCGAUCCGUCCUCCUUGCAGCGCACCUUACAGGGUUACAGUACGACCAACGCGACCUCCAUGACGCAAGAGUUCUGUAUAUCGACCUGCCAAUCCAGGGGUUACAAGUACGCGGGUGUCGAGUAUGCCCGGGAAUGCUAUUGCUCGAAUCAACUUGGCCUGGUGAGCAACGGUGGGGGCCAAGGGGCGCAGGCAUCCGAGGGAGAUUGUUCCAUGCUGUGCGUCGGCAAUGACGACGAGUUUUGUGGCGGGAGUUCGAGGAUCGGGGUUUGGAUGAGUGGUUCUUGA